GGGCAGCUGAAACCGGUUUGAGAGGAGGCUGUAACUGGGUUUCGCGCUGUCUAGGGCCACCUAAAGGAGCGCUGGUGAGGCGCGGACGCUCGGCUUCGGCGGCCGCAGCCCAGGGCUCUCGGCGCGGCGCGGCGCGGCAGCAGGAAUCCUAAACUCCAUCAGAAUGACACCUUCUCAGGUCACCUUUGAAAUAAAAGGAACUCUUUUUCCAGGAGAAGUCUUUGCAAUAUGUGGAAGUUGUGAUGCCUUGGGAAACUGGAAUCCUCAAAAUGCUGUGGCUCUUCUUCCAGAGAACGAGACAGGAGAAAGUAUGUUAUGGAAAGCAUCGAUUGCUCUCAGUAGAGGAGUGUCAGUGCAAUACCGCUACUUCAGAGGCUGCUUUUUAGAACCAAAGACUAUCGGUGGUCCAUGUCAAGUCAUAGUUCACAAGUGGGAGACUCAUCUACAACCACGAUCAAUAACCCCUUUAGAAAGUGAAAUCAUUAUUGAUGAUGGACAAUUUGGAAUCCACAAUGGUGUUGAAACACUGGAUUCUGGAUGGCUCACAUGUCAGACUGAAAUAAGAUUGCGUCUGCAUUAUUCUGAGAAACCACCUGUCUCAAUUACCAAGAAAAAGUUUAAAAAAUCUAGAUUUAGGGUAAAACUUACACUAGAGGGCCUGGAGGAAGAUGACGACGAUAAGGUAUCUCCCACUAUGCUCCACAAAAUGUCCAACAGCCUGGAGAUAUCCUUAAUAAGUGACAAUGAGUUCAAGUGCAGGCAUUCACAGCCAGACUGUGGGUACGGCUUGCAGCCUGAUCGUUGGACGGAAUACAGCAUACAGACAAUGGAACCAGACAACCUGGAGCUAAUCUUUGACUUUUUUGAGGAGGAUCUCAGUGAGCAUGUAGUUCAGGGUGAUGCUCUUCCUGGACACGUUGGCACAGCAUGCCUCCUGUCAUCUACCAUUGCCGAGAGUGGGAGGAGCGCUGGAAUCCUUACUCUUCCCAUCAUGAGCAGAAAUUCCAGAAAAACUAUAGGCAAGGUCAGAGUUGAUUUCAUCAUCAUCAAGCCAUUACCAGGAUACAGUUGUUCUAUGCAGUCUUCAUUUUCCAAGUAUUGGAAGCCAAGAAUACCAUUGGAUGUUGGACAUCGUGGAGCAGGGAACUCAACAACAACUGCCCGGCUGGCUAAAGUACAGGAAAAUACUAUUGCUUCUUUAAGAAAUGCUGCCAGUCAUGGUGCAGCAUUUGUAGAAUUUGAUGUCCAUCUUUCAAAGGACUUUGUGCCUGUGGUAUAUCAUGAUCUCACCUGCUGUUUGACCAUGAAAAAGAAAAAAUUUGUGAAUACACAGAAAUUUGAAGCUGAUCCAGUUGAAUUGUUUGAAAUCCCAGUAAAAGAAUUAACAUUUGACCAACUCCAGUUAUUGAAGCUUUCUCAUGUGACUGCACUGAAAACCAAAGAUCGGAAACAAUCUGUGGUUGAGGAGGAAAAUUUUUUUUCUGAAAACCAGCCAUUUCCUUCUCUUAAGAUGGUUUUAGAAUCAUUGCCAGAAGAUGUAGGAUAUAAUAUAGAAAUAAAAUGGAUUUGCCAACACAGGGAUGGAGUGUGGGAUGGCAACUUAUCAACAUAUUUUGACAUGAACCUGUUUUUGGAUAUAAUUUUAAAAACUGUUUUAGAAAAUUCUGGGAAGAGAAGAAUAGUAUUUUCUUCAUUUGAUGCAGAUAUUUGUACAAUGGUUCGGCAAAAGCAAAACAAGUACCCCAUAUUAUUUUUGACACAAGGAAAAUCUGAAAUUUAUCCUGAGCUCAUGGACCUCAGAUCUCGGACAACAUCCAUUGCAAUGAGCUUUGCACAGUUUGAAAAUAUUUUGGGGAUAAAUGCCCAUACUGAAGACCUACUUAGAAACCCAUCCUAUGUCGAAGAGGCAAAGGCUAAGGGGUUGGUCAUAUUCUGCUGGGGUGAUGAUACCAACGACCCUGAGAACAGAAGGAAACUGAAGGAAUUUGGAGUAAAUGGUCUAAUAUAUGAUAGGAUAUACGAUUGGAUGCCCGAACAGCCGAAUAUAUUCCAAGUGGAGCAUUUGGAACGCCUGAAGCAAGAAUUGCCAGAGCUUAAGAGCUGUUUGUGCCCCACUGUCAGCCAUUUUGUCCCUUCCUCUUUCCACAGGGAGCCUGAUAUCCACGUGGAUGCCAACGGCAUUGACAGUGCAGAGAACAUGUAGCUCCAGGGCG